AUGGCUAGCCCUCCUGUACUGGCUUUCGGUGCUGAGGGCCGCCUAGUGAAGUUCGAAACCUGGCUAGAUGACCUACACCUCUUCCUACAGCUCACUUCCAAGGAGGACAUCUCACUGUACGAUCACGCCCUAGGCCAUGCUCCUGCUCCUGCUGCAGCUGCUGAUAGCACUGCCCGCUCACAGUGGCAGACUCGUGACGCCCACGCUCGCUUCGCUAUUCGCAACUCCCUGCCGAUAGAUGAGCGCGAGCACUUUGGGCAGCACAAGACUGCACAGGCACUGUACACUGCUGUCGUUGCCCGCUACUCCUCACCGGCCUCUGCCGCACUAGGCCGUCUCUCUCUUCCCUACUUGUUCCCCGACUUAGCCUCUUUCCACACAGUCGCUGACCUCAUUACGCACCUCCGCACUAGUGAGGCUCGCUUCCGCGCCGCCAUGCCUGAUGAGUUCCUUGCCAAGAACCCACCCCCACUCUGGCUCACUCUCUACCACCUAGUCACCCGCCUCCCUGACACUCUGCGCUCAGUGCCUCUCGUGGCGACCCCCGUACUCCGUUCUUUGAGGGGUGUUCUCCUUCCCCCCUUCUUCCCUCUGUCGCCUCUGCUGCUGCUGUCGACCUCCUUAAUGCUGAGAAGGUCGGGACUGCGUAGGCUUCGAGCGGGCGCCGCAGCGGCAAGGGCAAAGGGGGCAAGGGCGGUGGCGGUGACAGCGGGGGAGGCGGUGGUGGGGGCGGUGGCGGCGGUGGGGGUGGUGGCGCGACUGGAGGGGCUAGUGGCAGCGGUGGGGGUGGUGGCGGCAGCGGCGGGGGAGGUGGCAGGGGCAGAGGCGGUGGUGGGGGUGGCGGUGGACGCGGCGGCGGCAGGGGUUGGGGUGGUCGAGGAGGUGGCGGAGGUGGUGGUGGUCGUGGAGGCGCUGGCGGUGGCCAGAGCCAGCAACACACUCCGUCGCCCCAGGAGGUCCGUGCUGGUGAGGCAGCUGCUCUAG